AAUUUAACUCAUUGCACAAUCCGACACACACAACCUGACAUGACAAAAACAAUUCAGCGCCUAGCAUCACGCGUGAAAGAAAAGCACUCACAUAUGUUCAAACCUGGCCAGUCAGCAAUGUGCAGCAUUCCCGAUCAAGUAGCCGCCGGCAUGACACUAAUGCAAGAGAGAAAAGUCAGUAUGGCAGAUGAAGCAGAGACUGAUGACAUAGAACCAGAAGAUUUGAUAGACUGA